GAAAAAACUGAAGUCAAUGAGUGCUAUGAAGACAGCUAAAGAAAUGAAUGUGAAACAACUGACUUCCGCACAAGUUGUACCUGGAACAAAUAUAUACACCACCACUGGAGCUAACCCAAUGUUGGACAUGAAUAUUGACCUCAGUACAGAUCUGGGAUAUGAAGAAGAAUCCAAUACUGAUGAUCGUACAAGCCUAAACUCGCUGGAUGAAAAUAAUCUUGAUAUGACAGAAAAACCUCAGAAAACAUCUUCUAACAUGAUAUUGGAUAUGAACAUCAGAUCAGACAAUGAUGAGGAACCUCUAACUGCAGCAUUAGCAGAACGUGACAAAAAUAAAAAGCCAGAAGAAAGUGACCAUGUGUUGAUAAAUCCCGCCUUCAAUACCACUGAUCUCUAAUCCACAAGCAUUGACUGAACAGUUAUUACAUACAGGAUACUAUAAUACAUCGAAUGCACCAAUCUAAGCCCAUCUUUCUCAAACACUUUUCUGCCAGUACAGAGGUGUUAUUUAUAAGUAAUUAUGUUUAUUUAUGUUUACUUCUGAAAACAGUAUAGAGCCAGAAAAUCUUUUGUCUAAUUUUUACAAUAACUGGUGUAUACUUGGUGAUAUAAAAAGUUGACUUAUUUAGCAUGUGUAUAUUUUAAAGAUUGAGAAUCCUCCCAAUCAUAUGGUGCACUAACAUUUCAUUUAUAUGUCAGAUGUUUUUAGUAAAAACCUUUGUUUAAUAUUUGCUUUCUUGAAUGUCAACCUUUCAAAGCACUUUUGUUUUAAAGCACUAUAAUGAAAUACAUCAGUAAAUAGGAAAAACAUGUUUUCCAUGUAACAUUGUGAUAAAGCACUAUAAUGAAAUACAUCAGUAAAUAGGAAAAACAUGUUUUCCAUGUAACAUUGUGAUAAAGCACUAUAAUGAAAUACAUCAGUAAAUAAGAAAAACAUGUUUUCCAUGUAACAUUAAAAUAAACAUUGAGUUUAUUUGCUGCUCUCAUUAUAAUCUCAUAA